GCAUUAUUAUAAUAUCUUUUCCAGAGAUAACUUCUUGAGUAAGGAGUCAAGUCAGUGAAUGUGGGAUGAUAAAUUCAGUUCAAGAACACAAACACAAACACAAACAAUGAAACCAUUGAAGUCAUGUGUUCACCAAAACCAACGGAGAUUGUGGGAUACGGUUUUCGUCCCACAGAUGAAGAACUUGUCGACUUUUACCUCAAACACAAGUUGCUCGGUGAUGAUCCCCGUGUCCACGUCUUGACUCACAUAGAUCUCUGCGAUGUGGAACCUUGGGAAGUACCAGCGUUGUUAGCAAAAUCAGAAGUACAAUUCAAAGACCCAGAAUGGUUUUUCUUCAGUCCUGUUGAUUUCAAGUAUUCAAAUAGUAAAAGGGUUAAUAGAAGAACCAAGUGUGGGUUCUGGAAACCCACUGGAAAAGACCGUGAUGUUAGAACCUGGGACACCAACACUGUAAUAGGAACUAAGAAGACUCUUGUUUUCCAUAAUGGCUCAGCUUCCAAAGGUGUCAAGGCCAACUGGGUUAUUCACGAAUAUCAUGCUCUUAACUUUCAUCAAAGCCAGGCUUUUGUUUUAUGCCGGUUGAUAAAGAAACCUGGGAAAAUAACUGAAGGAAAAACUGAUGCAGUGAUAUGUGAUGAAGUUGAAUCCAGUAUAAACCUGGUUUCUGACUAUGAAAAUCAGACAAGAACAGAAAGAGUUCCAUCUGGAGGUAUGUUUACCGGGGUGGAAACAAUCUGUGAGGCAACAGAUCAAACAGACAAAGGCAUCUCGCCAAUUGAAGCUUCAAUAAUUGAUGUUGAGCAGUAUGAAACAUCUUCUCUAAACUCUUCAUCAAUCAAUGCCUAUUUUAAAAAUGAAAACAAUAAUACUAAAAUUUCAUUCAAAAGUAUGCAGAAUGCAUAUGACAAUAUCCAAAUUCUAAAUGAAAAUAAUCAAAUUUCAAGUCCAAAUUUAAAAACUUCAUUGAGAAAUUUUCAUACACCUUCUGAGAGUACAUGGAUCCCAUAUGAAAUGACUGAUAUUUCACAAAUUCCAUUUAAAAGUAUCCAGAAUUCAUAUGAAAUUAGCCAAAUUUCAUAUGAAAUUUUGCAAACUCUAUUGAAAAGUAUCGGGAAUUCAAAUGAAAUUAGUCAAAUUCCAUUUGACAAUACCCAGAUUUCACAUGAAAAAUUUCAGACUUCAUGUGAAAAUAACCAGAUUCCAUUUCAAAUUACUCAGAAUCCAUGUGAAAUUACCCACACUUCAUUUGAAGUUACCCAGAUUCCGAAUGAAGAUUCGCAAGCUCCAUUUAAAAUUAUCGAGACUCCAUUUGAAAAUAACUCAAUUACAUUUAAAACUACCCAAAUUCCAUAUAAAAAUUCACAGAUAACAUCUGAAACUGUACAACAUUCAUUUGAAACUACGCAAACUCCUUUUGAAACUAUACCGAAAGAGGAGUUGCCGAAUUCUCAUGAGAGUUUAACAAUUGAUGAAGAAAACAUGUUCGGUUUUCUUAAUUGCUUCACUCAAUCAGAGUCAUUGAAAAGAGCAUACUACGAAAGCACAUGUACAGAUGAAGAAGUCGUCCCUAAUCAGGAUGCUAAUAUUGAGGAUAUUCCAACUAUGAGUACUGAAUAUCUUAUUUCAGACAAAUACCAUUCAUUAAAAUGGUUUAAAACAUCAUAUGAUAUUGGACAUGGUGACACAUGUCUUCUAUCUUCUAACCAAGAACCAAAUCAAGAAAGUAUAUGGCAAGAUGAUUUCUGGGGGAGUGGAGACAUCAUGUUAUGACUCUACAACAAAUAAACAUUUUGGAGAUCAAUAGUAUUGAAAUAUCUAAUUUUCCUUGCCCUUAAAAGGUCAUGGGAAGAUCAAAAUCCGACAAGAUCAAAACAUCAUGAUAUUGGACAUGGUGAAACAUGUCUUGUAUUUUCUAACCAAGAACCAAGUCAAGAGAAUCAAGAAAGUAUAUUUCAAGAUGAUUGCUGAGGAGCGGAGACAUCAUGUUAUGACUCUACAACAAAUCAACCUUUUGGAGAUCAAUAGUGUUGAAAUAUCUAAUUUUCCUUGACCUUAAAAGGUCAUGGGAAGAUCAAAAUCAGAAAAGAACAGACAACUUCAUAUGAUGAGAACUAAGAACUUAGUUCCAUUAAUGGAUUAGUGGUACUUAAUUAUAGGAGUAUAUGUUAUUAGAAGUAACUUACUCUGUAAUCGCCACUUUAUUACAAAUUGUAAAAUGACAAUAAUGCAUCAAAAUUUAGAAGUAUAUGUGAUAUCAAAUCUAUUAGAAAGUAUUGGAAACUGCAUGAUGGAGUUGUGUAUAUUUAAGAUAGUAGAUUGUGUAAGUAUGAAGUUUGUGUGGUUAUUUUCUAUUCAAUGGUUAAGAACACAUCAGAGGGGUCAAGCUGAUAAAAGUUUAUGCAGGGUCUCUGCAUACUCCUUUGAGCAUGUAAAUGCAUGUUUGUGAAUGGUGUACACAUAU